AUGGUUGCUAGUCGAAAGCGGCGAAAUCUCCGGCAGUUCCAGAACAACUUCUUUGCUCACAAUGAUGCUGCGGGAAGAGCAGUCAGAAAUGAGACCAACGACACUCCGCAAGAGACUCGCCAGGAGCAGCAGCGCAAACACAUCAGUUUUGAGGCCGCAACUACUGGUCGUCUUGCUGUUUCUUCACUAUACUACACAGUUCCACACUCACCCGCCAAACGCCGAUUUGGGGAGCCUGAAUCACAAGACGUACACGAUCUACCAACAGACGAUUUUGAUUUUUCAUCACUCAAUGACGUUGAUGAGGAUAUUGGUUCUGGCAAGCGAAAGCGGACUGCUGGGGAUGAUCCUUUGCACCUGUGGAAUUCUGAUGCCGACCUCUUUCUACUAGAAUUUAUUCGCUUAGAGGGUCGCGGUGACUUAGCACAAACCACAUGUUUCUGUGGGGAAGCAGACCCGAUAUAUCGAUGCCAAGACUGUCACGGUGCAGAAUUGGUGUGUCUCUCAUGCGCUCUGCACAUACACGAGAGGCAACCGCUUCACAGGAUAGAGUGUUGGAAUGGCACCUCAUUUCAGACCACCACAUUGAAGGCCUUGGGAGUCCGCUUUCAGCUGGGGCAUCCCAUUGGUGUCCAAUGCGUCAAUCCGAUCCCUACAUUCAACGACGACUUCAUUAUUAUCGACUACAAUGGUGUCCAUGAAGUUGGACUCGAUUUCUGUGGAUGUGAGUCUGCACAGCCACACAUCACCCAGUUGCUACGUGUUCGCUUGUUUCCCGCCACCACACUGGACCCUAAAUCAGCCGCCACCUUUCGCGCGCUAGAGUAUUUUCAAAUGCUGUCCUUUGAAUCUAAAGUAUCGGCAUGGGAGUUUUAUAAUACUGUUGCUCGCCUCACGGAUAACACAGGCACUCGUGUCCUAAAGGAUCGCUAUGCAAGUCUUCUUCGGAUGAUACGUGAAUGGCGCUUCGUGAUGCAAAUGAAGCGCUGCGGUCAGGGUCAUCAUCCUGGAGGCAUCCAAGCAACAGAGGCCGGUGCUUGUGCCGUCUUAUGCCCUGCCUGUCCCCAUCCAAGCAGGAAUCUACCUGUUGGGUGGGAAAAUUCUCCACCGGAAUUCCAAUUUUUGUAUGCAAUGUUCCUGGCUAUUGAUGCAAAUUUCCGACUAGUUCGGCGUAAUGUAUCCUCAGAUGCCGUUGAUCCGGGACUGAAUCGCGGGUAUGCAUUUUUUGUGGAGGAGACCGCGUACAAGGACUUUCUGGCUUCGCACUACAGGGUGGGGAAUCCCCAGGAGAAGAGCACAUGCUCUAGCCACUCUGCUGUGAACCUAGCAGAUACGAGGGCUUCGCGUGGACUUGCGGCAACGGGUGCAGGCACAGUUGAUUGUGCGCGGCACAAUUUCAAACGACCGUGUUCAGUUGGUGACUUACAAAAAGGAGAAAGGUACAUCAAUAUGGAUUAUCUAUUUUUUUCAAGCAUGCGCUCUUCACAAGACAUUCACGUCCUCAACAUAUCUUACGAUAUCGCCUGUCAGUGGAACAAAAAUCUUUGGUCGCGCAUGUCGACAUUCCCACAUCAGUAUCAUAUCGACCACGAUCACAAGGUUGUCGCAUUUUUUGUUCCUAAGUUUCAUCUACCAGCACACAUCGCCAGUUGCCAAACGAAAUUCUCGUUUAAUUUCAUCAAGGGUGUUGGGCGGACUGAUGGCGAAGCCCCAGAGCGCGGGUGGGCAGAUAUCAACCCCAUCGCUACAAGCACUCGCGCGAUGGGACCUGGAUCCAGGCGAGACACCUUAGAUGAUCACUUCAACGAUUGGAAUUGGAAGAAGGUUUGCACCAUGGGCACAACUCUCCUCCGUAAAUAUAAGGCUGCAAUACCUGAGGUUGAAGAACGUGCCUCUGAUCUGAAGGAGUUUGAGGCCGCCCUAGAUCCAGAUCAAUUAGCUACAUGGCGGAAAGAGAUCGAGAUGUGGGAGUCAGACCGUUCCCUGAUGAAUCCGUUUGAAGUCAAAGCGAGGACUACUGUGACCCAGGCCGCUGUGCGCCUGGCAUUAUCGAAGGCUGAGGCAGAAGAAAUCGAGCAUGGCGUACACAUCUCCCUGGACGAUGAUAUAUCACCUUCGGUCCUUAUAUCAUCAGGGAUGGAACUAGAAGAUCAGCAGCGACGUGUUGAGCUUGAAGCUCGCACCAUUGGACAGCAUGCAACCGAUGCGCAAAAAAUCAAGAUUCUCCAGCACAUCAAUGCCCUCCAUCGUAGAAUCAGCACCUGGUCCCGAGUACAAUUAUUGUACAUGCCCUACGUCUCCUGCCUGCGUUCGCCCGAUGAUAUUGCCUCUGAGGACAAGGUCCACAAGAUACAACUUUUUCUCCCUUCUUCGCUGCCCUCGAGCUUCCCUUGUGACAACCGCUUGCUAAGGUACGAAUGGGAUCUGCGUCAGGCACAGGCAAAUGAUGCUCUGGAUGACCUCCGCGCUGUCAUCAACAUGACCUACCACCUCUACAAGUACAAGAACGCCUUCGUUCGAGGUCAGCGUGCGAACACUCGUGCCCAGGGCAUUAUUCACUCUGCCGAAAGUCGUAUCAAUGCAAUAUCAGCUAAGUACACUGCUGCCCGAGACGCGCUUAUAAUGCUUGCUUCAAAACUAGGCAAGAACGACGACUGGCAGCGGAUACUGAAGCCACUGGACAGGGCAAAAGAUGCAGUCCCACUCAACCACGACGAAGGGAAGACGGUUGGCCAGCAGAAUAUUUCGUGGAUAUGGAAAACGCCUGGGGUAUCAAACAAUCAGGAGGAAGGGCUGCAGGAUUCAUUGCGUGUGGAAUGGUGCAAGGCACGGGCACGGGCUCAUCGGUGGGAGGAGGAGGUACAACUCCUUCGUGAGGAAAUGCGCCGUGUUCUUUCUUUCUUUGAGUGGCAGGCUCGAUGGUGGGACGCACAAGGCUCACGACGGCAAUUUUCAUUGCCUGCAUUCACAGAGGGUGCGGUUGCAUACGCACAUCGCCAGGCAAUGCUACGUCGGAGAAUGUCUGCAUGGUUCAGGUCAUUGUGGGAUGCUGUCCCGUCAUGGAGUGCCGAGCCUCCUGCGGACUGA